CUCUUUCCAUCUCAGACGUGUAGACACUGAGCAAUGCCAAGCAAGUUGAUUGAAAACCAUCAUCUUCUUAUUCUUUGCCACCUGUGCCCAUGCAAACGUUUACUUUUCCUUUCCUUACAUAUACAAACAAAGCUUGUGUUUCAUCGCAUAACACAGUCCAGUGAGAAAAGAUUCAAAAGAAGCAUAAGAAAACAAUGGGGGACAUCAAAGAAAGAAAGGAUGCAGAAUAUUACACAGUGGAAAAACCUUUGCUUAAUGAUCAUGGAGUAGAAAGAGAAGUAAUGAAGAAGAGACCCCAACCCCCCUAUGGAGGAGACUAUGCCAAGAGCAUUGUUUAUGCUGGUCUUGACGCCAUUGUCACUUCUUUCUCCUUGGUUGCUGCCAUUUCAGGCCUCCAUAUGCCCGCUGUGGAAGUUUUGGUGUUGGGAUUUUCAAAUCUGGUGGCGGAUGGAAUAUCCAUGGGAUUUGGGGAUUUUCUGUCGAGUAUUACAGAGAGAGAUUUGGCUGCCAGCGAAAGAGAGGUUACAGAGUGGGAUGUGCGCUAUAAUCUGCCUCCUCAGGUCACACAGCUUGUAGCCACUUAUCAGUCUCUUGGGAUGGACCAUCAAGAUGCCGCCACUGUUGUGGAGAUAUUUUCCAAGUACACUGACAUAAUGGUGGGCCAAAAAUUGGCUACCCAAAAGGGAAUCUUGCCUCCUGGUGAAGGAGAAUGUGCAUGGAAAAAUGGAGUGGUGACAUUUGUGGCAUUCCUGGCAUUUGGAUGCACUCCUCUGCUUUCUUUUCUGAUUCUUAUUCCAUUUACAGAGAAUGUUUAUCUGAAGUUUGGAGGGGCCUGUCUUCUUGCUGCAUUAGCUCUUAUUCUUCUUGGCCUGGCCAAAGCCAAAAUCUCAGGGCAUAACUAUGUUACAUCUGUGUUAAUGGCUCUCUUCAAUGGAGGACUUGCUGCAGCUGCAGCAUAUUUCAUUGGAUGGACUCUCAGAAAUAUUCUUGGCCUUCAAGACUAGUAAUCAGCUCCAUUCUUUUAUAAAUGGAUUAGGCAGGUGUAUAUUUUCCAGUAACAGGUAUAUAUAUUUUCCAGUAACAGUGACUCACAAAAGUGUGGAAGAUGAUGUCUAAUUUGUCUGGUUGAACUUACCUAUUGUAAGAAGGUUGGGUUAGAUUGUGUGAGAUUUUUUAUCAUCGAAUCACACUAUUCACUCCCUGAUGAUAGAUGAUGAUGGAUGAUGAUGGAUGAUGAUGGAUUAGCUUAAGGAGUUGUAAAUCUUAUAGCUUUGAUUGAACUUUGACCUGUUAAUAAACUUUGAACAUUUUGUCCA